ACAGGUCCCCAUGCCCAGAGGCAGCAAAUGUCCAACAGCAGCUCCAUCACCCAGUUCCUCCUCCUGGCAUUCGCAGAUACGCGGGAGCUGCAGCUCUUGCACUUCUGCCUCUUCCUGGGCAUCUACCUGGCUGCCCUCCUGGGCAAUGGCCUCAUCAUCACCGCCAUAGCCUGUGACCACCACCUCCACAGCCCCAUGUACUUCUUCCUCCUCAACCUCUCCCUCCUUGACCUGGGCUCCAUCUCCACCACUGUCCCCAAAGCCAUGGCCAAUUCCCUCUGGGACACCAGCACCAUUUCCUAUGCAGGAUGUGCUGCCCAAGUCUUUCUGUUCGUCUUUUUCAUUUCAGCAGAGUUUUCUCUUCUCACUGUCAUGUCCUAUGACCGCUACAUUGCCAUCUGCAAACCCCUGCACUACGGGACCCUCCUGGGCAGCAGAGCUUGUGUCCACAUGGCAGCAGCUGCCUGGGGCAGUGGGUUGCUCAAUGCUGUGCUGCAUACAGCCAAUACAUUUUCACUACCACUCUGCAAAGGCAAUGCCUUGGACCAGUUCUUCUGUGAAAUUCCACAGAUCCUCAAGCUCUCCUGCUCAGACUUGUACCUCAGGGAGAUUGGGUUUAUUGUGGUUAGCGCUUCUUUUGCUUUUGGGUGUUUUGUUUUCAUUGUGCUGUCCUAUGUGCAGAUCUUGAGGGCCGUGCUGAGGAUCCCCUCAGAGCAGGGACGGCACAAAGCCUUUUCCACGUGCCUCCCUCACCUGGCCGUGGUCUCCCUUUUUAUCAGCACUAUUGUGUUUGCCUACCUGAAGCCCCCCUCCAUCUCCUCCCCAUCCCUGGACCUGGUGGUGUCAUUUCUGUACUCGGUGGUGCCUCCAGCAGUGAACCCCCUCAUCUACAGCAUGAGGAACCAGGAGCUCAAGGAUGCCCUAAGGAAACUGAUGACUGGAGACCUGGAAAGUAGCAAGCAUGACUACGCUGCUCUGGGUGUGAUGGUCAAGGGCAGGAGGGUGCAGAUGGUAUUCUUCUCCAUCCUGCUAUUGAGGGGAAAAGGUUUGAAAAGAAUUGGGCAGAUCCUGCAGUCAGACAAUCGGUUUUGCAACUGGUACCAGCAACAGCGUUUCUAUAGAAUGAGUCUCAUUCUGAAGAUCAACAACUGCAUGUAA